AAUCGAACCAAAGCAGAACCAGAAUCAAAACGAAAACCCAAAGCUCUCGUAUGAACGCAUUUCCAGCAGGCAGUAUCGAACGAGUGAAGCAAGUGGAUUAACCUCAACGAAAGGCAACACAAAUACUUACUAUAAUGAAAUUCCUGAGCAUUCUGGUGGCCCUGUGCCUCUUGCUGGCCCUGGCCAUAGCACCAACUCGGGCCAACGAUGACAUAUCCGCCGAAAAGGAUGCCAAAACACUGACCAAGUUCUGUCCGUGUCCCCGGAACUAUGAUCCGGUGUGUGCCUCCAAUAUGGUCACAUAUGCCAAUCGUUGCGAAUACGAUUGUGUGCGUCGUGAGGCAGAGCGUCGUGGACGCAAUCUGGGAUUCCUACGCACUGGCACAUGCUAAGCCAUGCUAAGGGGAGACCUUGUAAAAUAUAAAACAAAAGAAAAAUAAAGGAUGUUCUUACGUGUACCAAGUA